AUGGCAUCGCUACUGGAAGGCUCAGCUUUUGUGACGGGUGCUGCCUCUGGCAUUGGAGAACACACAGCCUACGCCUUUGCCAAAUACGGCAUCACCAAACUAGCCAUCACAGACGUCAACGUCCAAGGCCUCGACGCCGUAGCAGCCAAUAUCCGCAACCAAUGGCCCGGCGUCGAGGUCAUGGCCCUGGAACUCGACGUCAGCAAGUCCGAGCAAGUCAAGAGCGUGCUGGCGCAAAUCGUAGCGCGGUUCGGCCGGCUGGAUGUUGCCGUCAACAACGCCGGUAUCACGGGCAAGGAGGGAAAAGUGCACGAGCUGGAUGAGGCGAACUGGAGUAAAGUCCUCAGCAUCAACCUGAGCGGCGUUCAUUUCUGCCAGACAGAAGAGCUCCGUAUCAUGAAAGACCAAGAAGAUCUCGGCCCACGACGAGGACGGGGCGCCAUCAUCAACGUAUCAUCGCUGUACGGCCUCAUCAAGCCUCUUUAUCCCAUCUACUACACUGCCUACGCCGCCGCCAAGCACGGUGUCAUUGGUAUCACCAGAGCCGACGCCGUUGCGUACUCGGGCUCCAACAUCCGCAUCAACGCCAUCUGCCCCGGCUACAUCGAGACGCCCAUGAUGGGUGGCGAUGCCUGGAGUAAGAUUGAGAACCACCCGCUACAUGCGCAUGUUAAGGAGACGCCCCUGCGCAGGUUAGGUCAGCCCGAAGAGAUUGCCGACGGCAUUGUGUUUCUGGCGUCGUCACUGAGCAGCUUUGUUAAUGGCUUUGGGUUAGCGGUUGACGGUGGAUAUAGCUGCGUGUGA